UUCGAACACAUUGAGAUAAACGCCUUAUUUUGGAAAUUCCAUACAACAAAACCGAAACAUUAAAGUGACUACAUUUAAGACGUCUAUUUGACUUGUGGAGUUUCCACAUUUAAAAACAAAGUUGGCAUCAGAUUGGCAAGUAUUUUCUCGACCUUAUCGGAAUCCAUCGCCGUUACAAUUACAUCAACGGGACUCAAACAUGUCUUUCCGAAACUCCUCAUUCAUCUGGCAAAGGGCUACUAACGUAACCAGUACCACACAGGAAUCGGCAGAUCCCUACCAAUUCUUGUUACCAUGGUGGCAACAGACAAUAUUCUUCGUUGCCUUCGCGGCAAUUUUGUUGAUUUCUGCCGGCGGAAACCUUGUCGUCAUUUGGAUAGUUCUGGCCCAUAAACGCAUGCGAACGGUUACCAAUUAUUUUCUUGUCAACCUGGCGCUCGCGGAUUUCCUUAUCUCUCAAUUAAAUCUACCGUUUACGUUCCUAUACUUGUUGUAUCAAGACUGGUGGUUUGGAACGUUCUUCUGCAAACUAUCCUGUUUUAUAUCCCCGUGUACCAUCUCUGCAAGUGUACUCACCUUCAUGGCCAUCGCCGUUGACAGAUACAUAGCAAUUCUAUAUCCCCUUCGACCACGCAUGCCAAAACGUCACGUGGUUUUGGCCAUAAUCUUCAUCUGGCUUUGCUCCGUAGCAUUGGCAUUUCCGAACAUCAUUUACUUUGAGACAGCUCCUUAUCCAGGAGGUUCAGUAUGCGAUAUUACGUGGCCAAAGGAAACGGACCUAGCGUACCACUACCUGCUGCUCGUGCUUAACUACCUGUUUCCACUGCUUACGCUUGUCUCCGCCUACUCGCGCGUUGGAUUGGAGUUAUGGGGAAGCAGGGCUAUCGGAGAGGAGACUUCCAUCCAGACAGACAGGGUCAAGUCGAAACGAAAGGUGGUUAAAAUGAUGAUCGUGGUGGUUCUGAUAUUUGCUAUAUGCUGGCUACCAAUGCACACAUACUUUCUACUGACAAGUUACUACAAUUCGAUUACCGAAUACGAAUACAUCCAACAAAUCUACAUCAUAAUCUACCUGAUGGCCAUGAGCAACUCCAUGUAUAAUCCUAUCAUUUACGGAUGGAUUAAUGCAAGAUUCCGGGAGGGGUUUAUGCACGUGUUUUGUUGGUGCCCUUGUCGCCGUUGUAAGAGGUCAAGGACCCAGCUCCGCUUCCGUCGCACACUCUUUCCAAACGCAGCUAGAGCAAUGUCCGAUAAAUAUGGUUCAGAUAGAAACGGUUACUUGAUGCACACGUUGACGGAGUACGUAGACACGGAAUCCUGCCUCACUCGACGCAGUAACAAAUGCCAAAGCACCGUCUGCCGAGGAUCGCCCAGUCGUAUGGAGCAUGAUCUGUAA